AUGUCCCAGUGGAGGCCCCAUUCAAGGACUGGGUUACAGCUACAGACAAAGUGUGGGAGCAGGAUGAUGGGAUACGUGAGGCUUGAAGGGUCCUUAAACAGUGGCCAAUGGGUGUCCUCUCUAAUAUGGCUGGGACUGCUGCUGCUGCAGGCCGUGUCUGGUCAGAAACUCGACGAGAAUGACCCGGUGGUCACUACCACGUACGGAAAACUGCGUGGUGUUAAGAAGGAGCUCAACAACGAGAUCCUGGGUCCCGUCGUGCAGUUUCUGGGUGUCCCAUAUGCUGCCCCACCCACCGGUGAGCGCCGAUUCCAACCUCCCGAGCCCCCGGCGUCGUGGCCAGAGAUCCGCAACGCCACACACUUUGCCCCAGUGUGCCCUCAGAGCAUCGUGGAGGGCCGCCUGCCGGAUGUGAUGCUGCCGGUGUGGUUCACCAACAGCAUUGACGUGGUGUCCACGUAUGUCCAGGACCAGAGUGAGGACUGCCUCUAUAUUAACAUCUAUGUCCCCACUGAGGAUGUCAAAAGAAUAUCCAAGGAAUGUGCCAGGAAACCGGGCAAGAAAAUAUGUAGACAAGGAGGUCCCCUUACAAAGAAACACACUGAUGAUUUAAGUGAUAGUGACCGCACGGACGACGAAGACAUUAGGGAGAGUGGAAGCCCCAAGCCGGUGAUGGUUUUCAUCCAUGGGGGCUCCUACAUGGAAGGAACUGGGAAUAUGUUUGACGGCAGCAUCCUGGCCAGCUAUGGAAAUGUGAUUGUCAUAACUGUCAACUACCGGCUGGGCGUGCUAGGGUUCCUAAGUACAGGUGACCAGGCAGCCAAAGGGAAUUACGGUUUGCUGGACCAGAUCCAGGCUCUGCGUUGGACCAGUGAGAACAUCGCGGCCUUUGGCGGCGACCCUUUACGUAUCACUGUGUUUGGCUCAGGCGCCGGAGCUUCCUGUGUCAACCUGCUCACACUGUCUCACUACUCCGAGGGAAACCGCUGGAGCAACUCUACCAAAGGGCUGUUCCAGAGGGCCAUAGCCCAAAGUGGCACUGCUCUGUCCAGCUGGGCUGUUAGUUUUCAGCCAGCUAAGUACGCGCGGAUGCUGGCCCGUAAGGUGGGCUGUAACCUGGAGGACACUGUGGAGCUGGUGGGAUGCCUCCAGAGGAAACAUUACAAAGAGCUGGUGGAUCAAGACAUCCAGCCAGCUCGCUACCACAUUGCCUUCGGACCUGUUAUUGAUGGAGAUGUUAUACCUGAUGACCCUCAGAUACUCAUGGAGCAAGGUGAGUUCCUCAAUUACGACAUCAUGCUGGGAGUUAACCAGGGUGAGGGCCUGAAGUUCGUGGAGCUCAUCGUGGACAAUGAAAAUGGUGUCCAGGCUAACGACUUUGACUACGCGGUGUCCAGCUUUGUGGAUGACCUGUACGGCUACCCAGAGGGGAAAGACAUCCUCCGAGAGACCAUCAAGUUCAUGUACACAGACUGGGCCGACAGGCACAACCCAGAGACCCGCCGGAAAACACUGCUGGCCCUUUUCACCGAUCACCAGUGGGUGGCACCGGCUGUCGCCACCGCUGACCUGCACUCCAGCUUUGGGUCACCCACUUACUUCUACGCCUUCUACCACCACUGUCAGACAGAACAGGUGCCACCGUGGGCAGACGCAGCACAUGGAGAUGAGAUCCCGUAUGUGUUUGGCCUGCCGAUGAUUGGACCCACAGAGCUGUUUCCCUGCAACUUCUCCAAGAAUGACGUGAUGCUCAGCGCCGUGGUCAUGACCUACUGGACAAACUUCGCCAAGACAGGGGAUCCAAAUCAGCCUGUCCCGCAGGACACCAAGUUCAUCCACACCAAGCCCAAUCGCUUUGAGGAAGUGGCAUGGACCCGCUACAACCAGAAAGACCAGCUGUACCUGCAUAUCGGCCUGAAGCCUCGGGUCAAAGAGCACUACCGGGCCAACAAGGUCAACUUGUGGUUGGAGCUGGUUCCUCAUCUGCACAGCCUCAAUGAGGUCACCCAGCUCAUCCCCACCACCACCAAGAUCCCUCCACCAGAGGCUACCAAUCGCACCCCAAAAACCAAGGUUCUGGUGACCAAGCGCCCUAACCCUACCCCAUUCCCCACUGAGACCCAGGACAGCCACAACCAGCCUCACCUGGUGGACCAGCGGGACUACUCCACCGAGCUGUCGGUGACCAUUGCUGUAGGAGCGUCCCUGCUCUUCCUCAACAUUCUGGCCUUUGCCGCACUUUACUACAAGAAGGACAAACGCCGGCAUGAUGUCCACCGGCGCUGCAGCCCCCAGCGGAGCGCCGCCAAUGACCUGGCUCACACUCAGGAGGAGGAGAUCAUGUCCCUGCAGAUGAAGCAGCACUCGGACCUGGACUGCAGGGGGGUGGGUGACUCCCUGCACCCGCACGACGUAGUGCUGAGGACUGCCUGCCCGCCGGACUACACUCUGGCCAUGAGGCGCUCACCGGACGACAUCCCGCUCAUGACGCCAAACACCAUAACCAUGAUCCCCAGCACCAUGGGGGGGCUCACCUCGCUUCACUCUUUCAACACCUUCCCAAGCAGUGGGCAGAAUAACACCCUGCCCCACCCGCACCAACACUCACACUCCACCACCCGGGUAUAG